AUGGACGUCGUCCCGGAUCACCUCAGGAAACCGACAGUGCCGGAGCCAGACGACUAUGUCAACCCCUUGGAGGCCAGUUCCCGCUGGACCUUGAAUGCGCGUGCUCAGGCCAUCCGCUAUGCGUCCAGCCUCGGUUUCAGCAUCGCCAACCGCACUGAGCCCGCGGCUCCUACACCGUCCGCCGAGUUUUGGGCUGAUUCUACGCUCGCCGAAUGCAAGGGUCCCAAGAAGAUCAGGGUCGAGGUGUGGACGCCGCCUCGUCUGUCCAUCGGACCUCGAGCCGCUGUCAUCGCUCUGCAUGGAGGAGGAUGGAUUCUCGGCCAGGGAACCGAUAAUGCACGCUGGGCAUGCGCUGUCAUGACCUCGCUGGAUGCCGUCGUCUUCACCGUCAACUAUCGCCUGGCUCCCAACUAUCCGUUCCCGACCCCCAUCGAGGACUGUGUCGAUGCCAUCCUGCAGAUAGCCAAGCGCGCUGCCCAGUUUGGCAUCGACCCGAAUCGCAUGAUCCUCUCUGGCUUUUCCGCAGGUGCCACCACAGCCCUCUCAAGCUGGCUCAUCAUGAAUGACCCGUCGCGCUGGAAUUACACGCUGCCCUUUGCAGUCCCUCGCAUCACUGGCCUCGUGCUCUUCUAUCCCGGCCUAGAUUGGACCAUCAACAGGGCAGACAAGAGGCUGAGUUGCACUCGUCCCGACCUUACCCUAUCCAAGGGUUUGACAGAUCUCAUUGAUGCCUCUUACGUCUAUCCCCCAAUCCCUCGCCACGAACGCGCAGAUCUUCGGCUCUCCCCGGGCUUGAUGACGGAUGACAUUAUGAAAAAGCUACCGCCCGUCCAUCUCUGCUUGUGCGAGUAUGACAUGCUUCUCGCUGAGGGUACCCGCUUCGCAAAGAGACUGCAGAGCCUGAAAAAGACCGUUACUCUGCGUAUUGUUGCCGGCGAGAAGCAUGCAUGGGACUGCCCCCCGCCAAUGAUUCAAAAAGAGAGCGUGGAGGUCGAAUAUGCAGAGGCGACUCAGGCCAUAGCCAACUGGCUUGGUCAGGCGCACGACACUGACAGGGAGUCGAUGCGGUCCAUGAAGACAAAGCGUUUGCGGAUACCCCGGCCUAGUUUUUUGCUAAGGUCAAAAUCAGCUGGUCCGUUUUGA